AUGUUGUUUUCACGCUCCAGUCUCCUGGCCCCGUCACUGGUUUCUCUACUCUUGACAGGCAAUGCCAUUGCCGAUGAUGCACACUCCAGGGCCCACGAAUCCUUCGAGGUCCUCCAAGGCUGGUACAACGCGUCGAGUGGAAUUUGGGAUACUACUGGAUGGUGGGAUGGCGCAAAUUGCAUGACCACAGUUGCUGAUCUAGCUGCUUUGGAUUUAUCCGUGAUAGACACUGCGACAUAUGUUUUCAGAAAUACUUUCAACGUGGGGCCAAGAUCGAAUCCCAACCCCGUGCGUGAGGCAAGAGUCGCGUUCACAGGCGAUAAUCAAGCACCCGUCGCUGUCAACGCCACGCAAUGGCUUGCCAAUGCAUUCGAUGAUGAUGCAUGGUGGGCUCUGGCAUGGAUUGCCGCAUAUGACAUUACAAAGGAGCAUGAUUACCUCGAACUUGCUGAGGGGAUUUUUGACAACCUGGCGAAUGCGUGGGGAACCAAUUGUGGUGGCGGCGGUAUUCAUUGGAAUCCCACAAGCACGUAUGUGAAUUCGAUCACAAACGAGCUCUUCCUCUCUGUCGCUGCGCAUCUCGCAAAUCGAGUCACCGACCGAAAAUCAUACUAUGUGAGCUGGGCACAGAAAGAAUGGAACUGGUUCGCGGCCCAGGGAUUUAUGGGAGAAAACGGUACCAUCAACGAUGGACUCCUAGAGAAUUGCCAGAAUAAUGGCGAUACUGUGUGGACUUACAACCAGGGAGUUGUUCUCGGUGGGCUAGUCGAGCUGAACAGAGUGGCACCCAAUGACACAUAUUUGCCUGCCGCCGACCGAAUUGCAAAGGCAGCCAUUGCAAGUUUAACAGACUCGAACGACGUGCUACACGAGCAUUGUGAGCCAAAUUGUCUUCCAGACGGUACACAGUUUAAGGGAAUCUUUGUCCGCAACCUCGCAAUGUUGCAGAAGGUGUCUCCGAAUGACAUUUACCGCAACGUGAUCAACAGAAGUGCAAACAGCAUUUGGGAUAAUGACCGGAAUGAACGGAACCAGUUCGGUGUAAACUGGGCUGGCCCCAUUCAAGCAUCGGUAGACGCAUCAACACACAGCUCUGCCCUUGAUGCUCUGGUUGCCGCAGUUGCCAUCGAGGGUUCAUGA